AUGGAAAACAUCGAGAAAAUUACUGAAGACCCUGAAAAUAUUGUGGAAGUAGACAUCAACGGUGCCAAUACACCGACAACAACUCUUAGCCCGCCAACGACUGUGAACCCGAAACCGGGUGUUGUUCCGACACCAAGUGUCGUGAAGGCUCUCGUUUUCAUUGUGGAUGCUUCAGAAGCUGUUAGUAAAGAAGCAUGGAAUGGGCAAAUUCAACUCGUAAGCAGCGUGGUGAAAUAUGUGAAAUGUGGAAUCAGUGGGAAUCGUCGUUAUUGA